AUGACCACCACUCUUAGGCUGAACGACGUCAUCACCAAGAACCCGCACUGCUGUAAGGAGAACGACUCGAUCCUGCAGGCGGCCAAGCUGAUGAAGGAGCAGAACGUGGGCGUGCUGCCGGUCGUGGACAACAACCAGAAGCCGUGCGGCAUCGUGACCGACCGCGACAUCGUGCUCCGCUGCAUCGGCGAGGGCCACGACUACAACCAGUGCAAGAUGAAGGACGUCCUGUCGAAGAACGUGCAGAAGAUCUACGAGGACCAGACCGUCGACGAGGCCCUCGACAUCAUGAAGAAGAACCAGCUGCGCCGGCUCGUGUGCGUCGACCGCAACGACAAGCUGUGCGGCGUGCUCUCGCUGUGCGACCUCGCCCAGAAGCUGAACGACAACAACCUGCUGGGCGACCUCGUCCGCAACAUCCACCUCCAGAAGGGCACCCAGCGCACUUAG